CAAGCUGCUGUAUGCGCUGCGUCUACCACAUCGCUCUGGACCUAGCUUCUUCUGUGACACCAUCCUCGCGCUAAGUGCUUCUACAAGAACCUUGGAGUGAGAAUGCCAGGGUGCUGCGUGCCGCAAUGCACAACCAUCUGGAGACGGGGUGUGAGAAUGUUCCGGUUCCCGACUUGUCCUAACCGACGGAAACGCUGGAUUGCGCAAGUUAAGCGAGACUGCUGGGAGCCGACUGCUUCCUCCCGUAUUUGUGAGGCCCACUUCGAGGACACAAGCUUCGAGCAAAGGAGGCAGGACGGUUUGAAGAAACUAAGGCCAGAUGCUAUCCCGACGCUGUUUUGUUUUCGCCCUCUUCCAAAGCACAGAUUGCCCCCAAAGAAUCGGGAUGCUGUAUCAAACGUACCGCCUCGGCAUCCAGAUCUCUCAAGUGACAGAGUCGCCGGCGUACAACCCAAGACAGCCAGUGCUCAGGUAUCAGAGGUGGCUCCAGUGCCGAAUGUGAUGUUUGCAGCAAGCAGUGUUGUGGAGCCAAACUGUGCCUCCGCAGAUGUAGACACUGUUCAGCUAAGUCUACAUUCUGGUGACACCCCAAGCAACGCCGCCGACAGUUCUGAAAAGGACUGCGUGUUCUUCAUGGAUGAGAUGGAAAUCAGCCAGGGUUUCGAUCACGACCGCUCUCUAGACUGCCUUUUUGGGGGUACCACGCUGCCACAGUCAAAUGUGCAAGUUGCCAACCAUGCCCUUGUGUUCAUGAUCGUUGUGCUGUGCCUGUCCGACGAACUGCUGAAGAAACGUGGCUACCGGUACCUGCUUACAGACUCAGGAAGCCCAUCCCAAGUGCGUAUGAUGUGA